GAAACAUCCGCUGAUAUCAAGCAAAGAACGUACUUCGUAUUCGGAAGCUUUUGCUUCACCGCGUUCUUCUUCGUUUGGUUCCUGGUCCCGGAAACGAAAGGUCUGUCUCUCGAGGCCAUGGAAAAGCUGUUUGGAUGUCACGGAAUAUGA